UUGUUCAUUGAGGUUUCGUUUCCUACAUAAGAGAUGAUCUUACUCAGCUUUUGCUCAGCCCGAAAUAUAUAUCUGACGGAUCCAAACCCAAAUUUCGUUACAAAUACCUUAAAGAAAUGAUUCUCUUAUAUCUUGUAAAUAAUGUACAAAUUUUCAUACUAUUGCAAGCUUUAAGAUGUAUCGAAAAAGGAAUAAAUAAGGAAGUAAAGUUGAUUUUAAGAGAAGAUAAAAAAAAAUUAAUAGAAUAUAAUUGGAAUGAUAAUUAUACUCAUGGAAAAAUUGUUUCAAUUAAAGAGAGUAUUUGAGCGUCAAAAUAUAUUUUUUAAAAAAUUUCAUGAUGAUAUUUCCAUAUCAACAAAAAUAACUCGAGAACUUACUUCUCUUAAUUCAAAUAAUGAAAUUAACUUGCAAUCAAGCUGGCACAGCAGUUGGGGAUUACUAAAAAAUGAUGAUAAAGAGUUAAUUAUCAAAUUUCAUAUUAAUGAUGAAAUUCGAAUUUUUCUUUUUGAUAACUUUCAAAUUGAAAUACGAAGAAUUUAUUACAGUAUCUAGUCAUGAAGAAUUUAA